AUGAUAAAACUAUGGAAAACCGAAAGUCUUAUCAGCUUUUUGAGGAGUGAUUCAAAAUUAGAAGGCUUAAAACUUGACGAUAAUUUUUUUAUGAAGCUUUGUGAUAAAAAUAUUACUGGUAAUUUAUUUCUCAGGCUAACAGGAUGGGAUUUAAAGGAAUACAGAAUGACAUUAAGACAG